AUGCUGAAGCACGUGCAGAUCUCGCCGAUGCGCAGCCGGGCAGAUUCGUUGUCGAUGCGUUCGUCCACAUCCUGCGCGUCGUCCCUGUGCGGCAGUCCGGAGCCACCGGGCGAUCAGCUCCGAAGUCACUCGAGAGCCUCCAGCUAUUCCAGCCUCAACGAAACCAUACCGCAGACGACCAUCAAAAUCUACACGGCUUGUUUGCGGCAGGACAUCGAGUACAAAACACUCGGCAUCUCGUAUGAUGCCACCAGCAAGAGUGUCGUGCAGCAGGUUCUGCGAAGAUGCAAAAUGCGUCAUCGAGAUCCGCGCUUGUUUUACCUCACGAUGGAAGUAACAGUUCGUCGGCCGGGUGUGAAAUCAGUGCUCGAGCUAGACGACGAAGCACGACCAGCGCUAUUACAGGCCUGCCAUCCCAAAGGUGACUCCAGGUUUUGUCUUCAGCAAAAACCAGGCGGUCUAAUACGGGUGCACACCUCAGCGCUACAGCCCAACUCCCAGUACAAGUCGCUACUCAUCUCGGAGGAGACAACCUCAGACGAGCUGCUGUCGCUGCUACUCUCCUGCUACAACUCGAUCGAACCGGUGGAACAAUUUUCCCUGUACGAAGUGUGCCCCGGCCAGGAGUAUCAGCGCAAACUGCAUCCGGACGAUCUGCCCCUAAAGACACAGCUGCAGCGCCAACAGAAGGGCGAGAUUAUGCAUUUUCUCGUUCGCCGUAAUCCAAACUAUCCACGUCGCCGUCAGCUGCUCGCCACCAUUGCCGAAUCGAAACACUUCAUCCUCAAUUCGUCCCUGGACUCCGCGAACGUACAGCUACCGGCAGCCGGCAUACACCAUCAUCAUCUACAUCAUCAGCAGCCACAGCACCACCAUCAUCACCAUCAUCGAUUGUCGCUUCAUUCGGGCAGUUUUUCGCUCGGGCCCACCGGUACACCCACCAACACCUUCAUCUCGGACAUCGUGGAUGGGUUGAGCUCGCUGAACGAUCUGCCGGCUGAAGUGAAGAGCCUGCGGCUUAAGGAAAGUUCCUUCUGUCCUGCGUCGCUCGACGAUUCGGCCACCUCGACCGAUUCGGCCGACUCCACCGAAUCGUCCUCAUCGUCCUGUUCGUCCUUUUCCUCCCUUUCGUCCGACUCAUCCUUCGAGGAGCCGGAAAAGCAGACCAUCGAUAACACUAGCAAUGUAACGAACACGAGUUCCUGCCACCAAGCACCGCCAGAGGUGAAGAGUAAAAAUAGCGCUCAGCAUCAGCAACCACCACCCCGGCCGGCCAAAUCUUCCACCAUGCUGGCGGCACUUAGCCGACCGGCGCUGUUGCCAGCCUCCACGCUGGCCGCCCCAUCGUACAAUCCCGUGUACAACAUACGCGAAAUUCGUACCGUCAGUCAGUCGUUUUCGGCACUCGGAAUUGACAAAAAGCUGGCAGACAUUCGGAGCAGCGUGAAGUCGGGCACCACCGAGAGCGGCACCGCGCGGAGUAGCGCCCUGUUGAAGGAGAUGGUUAACACGGACCCGGCAAAGGGUGUCGGUAACUUUGUCUACAUUUAG